AUGAGAAAAGAAAAGUUUGACAGUUUGUUUGCAUAUUUAAAUCCUGGAAAUGAAUGCGAAAAUAUUAAGUAUUAUUAUUCUGAGCAUCAUUCUGAGGAAAAAUUACCUGAAGAAUUGUUUACAUCUCCUUCAUAUUCUACACCAGAAUCCAUACCUGGUCCUCGGUCAAAAAUGAAAUCAAUUGACCAACUAUUUAUGUUUUUAACAUGGCUUAGGCUUGGUUUUUCUUUAAGUUUUACUUCCUGGUUAUUCAAGACACCAAAAUCUACUGUAUCAAGAUAUCUUAUAACAAAGUCAAAUUUUAUGUACCUUAAAUUUGGUACUAUACCAAUUUGGCUUAAUUUAGAUCUUUUAGAACUUAAACUUAAUAUGCCGAAGUGCUUUAAAGAGACUUAUCCUAAAACGAAAGUUAUUAUUGACUGUACUGAGUUUGUUUGUCAAAGACCAUAUAGCCUUACAGUUCAGAGUAGUAUGUUUUCUCACUAUAAGCAUCAUGUUACCUUUAAAGGAUUAGUUGGAAUUGCUCCUUCUGGUGCAAUAACAUUUGUUAGUGAACUACUUGUUGGCUCUAUUUCUGAUAUUGAACUAGUUAAGCAACCAAGACUUUUGCAAAGAGAGCUAUUGGAGAGUGGAGAUUCUGAUAGAGAUAGAUAG